AUGUCAGAUCAAGAUAAAUUAAACCAAGGCUUCCAAAACUUCAAUAUUGGCGGUAACAAUAAUAAUAACAACCAACAACAACAGCAACAAAAUCCAUAUCAAAACUACUACAACCAAUAUUCAAAUGAUGCUCAAACUUUCAUUCCACAAGGUGGUUAUCAACAAUAUCAAAAUCAACAACAAAACCAACAACAAAAUAAUUAUUACCAACAACAACAACAAUAUAAAGGAUAUAAUCAACAACAACCUCAAUAUGGUGGCUAUCAAGCUUACCAAAAUGGUGGUUAUCAACAAUAUAAUCCAAAUUCUCAACCUCAACAACCUCAAGGUAUGUCAUUAGCUGAUUUUCAAAAACAAAAAGCUGCUCAACAAUCUUCAUUAAAUAAACCUGCAGUCAAAAAAACUUUAAAAUUAUCUUCAUCUAGUGGUAUUAAAUUAGCAAAUGCAACUAAGAAAGAAGCUCCAAAAGAGGAAAAAAAGGAAGAAACACCAAAAGUUGAAUCAAAAGAAACUACACCAAAACCGGAAGAAAAAACUGAAACUAAAUCAGAACCAAAAGUAGAGCAACCAAAAGUUGAACUUAAAACAGAGUCAAAAGUUGAGAAAACAAAAGAAUCAACUCCAAAACCAAAAGAUGUUAUCAAAGAACAAGAAGAUGAAGUUGAUGAAGAAGUUGUUAAAGAUAUGUUUGGUGGUAAGGAUCAUGUUUCAAUUAUUUUCAUGGGUCAUGUUGAUGCCGGUAAAUCUACAAUGGGUGGUAAUAUUCUUUAUCUUACUGGUUCUGUUGAUAAACGUACUGUUGAAAAAUACGAAAGAGAAGCAAAAGAUGCCGGUAGACAAGGUUGGUAUUUAUCCUGGGUUAUGGAUACAAAUAAAGAAGAAAGAAAUGAUGGUAAAACUAUUGAAGUUGGUAAAGCAUAUUUUGAAACUGAAAAAAGAAGAUAUACUAUAUUGGAUGCUCCAGGUCAUAAAAUGUACGUUUCAGAAAUGAUUGGAGGUGCAUCACAAGCUGAUGUUGGUAUUUUAGUUAUAUCUGCAAGAAAAGGUGAAUAUGAAACUGGUUUUGAAAAAGGUGGUCAAACAAGAGAACAUGCUUUAUUAGCUAAAACUCAAGGUGUUAAUAAAAUCAUAGUCGUUGUUAAUAAAAUGGAUGAUUCUACUGUUAAUUGGUCACAAGAAAGAUAUAAUGAAUGUACUACAAAAUUGGGUAUGUUUUUAAAAGGUAUUGGUUACAACAAAGAAGAUAUCGUUAAUAUGCCAGUUUCUGGUUACACUGGUGCUGGUUUAAAAGAUAGAGUUUCAAAAAAAGAUUGUCCAUGGUAUGAUGGUCCUUCAUUAUUAGAAUAUCUUGAUAAUAUGUCUACAUUAAAUAGAAAAAUUAAUGGUCCAUUUAUGUUACCAAUUUCUGGUAAAAUGAAGGAUAUGGGUACUGUUGUUGAAGGUAAAAUUGAAAGUGGUCAUAUAAAAAAAAAUUCAAAUUUAUUAUUAAUGCCAAAUAAAACUUCAAUUGAAGUUUUAACAAUUUAUAAUGAAACUGAACAAGAAUGUGAUUCUGCUUAUAGUGGUGAACAAGUUAGAUUAAAAAUUAAAGGUGCUGAAGAAGAAGAUUUACAAGCUGGUUAUGUAUUAACAUCACCAAAAAAUCCAGUUAAAACAGUUACAAAAUUUGAAGCACAAAUUGCAAUUGUUGAAUUAAAAAGUAUUAUGAGUAAUGGUUAUUCUUGUAUGAUGCAUAUUCACACUGCUAUUGAAGAAGUUACAAUUACACAAAUUAAACAUAAAUUAGAAAAAGGUACAAAUAGAAAAUCUAAAAAAGCUCCAGCUUUUGCUAAAAAAGGUAUGAAAAUUAUUGCUGAAAUUGAAGUUGCUGAAUCUGUAUGUGCUGAAAGAUAUUCUGAUUAUCCUCAAUUGGGUAGAUUUACUUUAAGAGAUCAAGGUACAACUAUUGCAAUUGGUAAAAUUACAAAAUUAUUAUAA